AUGAGUCAAGCGCAUGCCGAGAGCGACACGCCGUAUGCGGCGCAAGACGCGAACGGCGACGCGCAGAAAUGCACCGUGUACUUCAUGCAAUGUACCGUGCAGCAGACACUGGACGAACUGCGCGUCCCUUCCCUAAAAGAAGGCCUUUCUUCGGCCGCGGUCGAACACGAACGUAAGUCGCUCGGGACAUACAACGAGCUGGCUUCCGGGCCCAAAGCGGGGCUAUGGGACCAAUGGAUGGAGCAGUUUAAAGAACCCAUGAACCUCUUGCUGCUGGGAAGCGCUGCCGUAAGUAUCUUGGUCGGCCAGGUAGACGACGCCAUUACCAUUACCCUCGCGCUCUCGAUCGUGAUCGCGGUGGGCGUCGUGCAAGAGUACCGCUCAGAAAAAAGUCUCGAGGCGCUCUCGCAGCUCGUGCCCCCAAAGUGCCAUGUCUUGCGCAAUGGGUCGUGGUCCGAUAUUUUUGCGCGCGAAUUGGUCCCGGGCGACAUUGUCCAUGUGGGCGCGGGCGAUCGUGUCCCUGCAGACCUGCGCAUUGCCGACGCCCAGAAUUUGGAGAUGGACGAAAGUGCACUCACUGGCGAGGUCCAGCCCGUGCGCAAGUCGACAAAAGAGAUUAAGCGCCAGGAAGGCGAGUCGGACGAUCCUGCCAUCAACGACCGCACCAAUUCCGCCUACAUGGGCACACUUGUUCGCAACGGCUCGGGACUCGGUAUUGUGGUUGCGAUUGGGCCCGCAACAGAGUUUGGUAGCAUUUUCGGCAUGGUCGACCAAGUCACUGAGCGCCAGACGCCGAUGCAGCGCAGCAUGGGCGACUUGGCACGCCGGAUCAGCAUUGCGAGUCUGUGCGUGAUUGGCGUGAUUUUACUGCUUGGCCUAUUUCAGCGGCAGCCGCUGCUCGAGAUGUUUACCAUUGCCGUCUCGCUAGCAGUUGCAGCGAUCCCCGAAGGACUCCCGAUCGUAAUCACCGUCACCCUCGCGCUCGGUGCACUGCGUAUGUCGCACCAAAACGCAAUCAUUAAAAAGCUGCCGAGUGUCGAGACGCUUGGGUGCGUUUCUGUGAUCUGUUCCGACAAGACCGGCACCUUGACAGCCAACGAAAUGCGAGUCGUGCAGUGCUUCACCCUGCACGACGGCAUCGUCGAUGUCCCCAAAGAGACAUCGGACCAAGCCAUCUCGCCCUCACUCCGUCACUGCCUCGAGAUCGGGAAUGUGUGCAACAAUACGCAGACAAACGACCACGACGAGCUCGUCGGGCAGCCUACUGAAACGGCCAUGAUUGCCGUGCUGCCAAAAUUUAAGCUGCAGGAUGCGCGGGACAGGUUUGUGCGCACGCACGAGAUCCCUUUUCGCUCGGACGUCAAAAUGAUGAGCGUCACAGGCUACUAUAAAAAAGAUGGCGCGAAUUCCGCAUGUACCUACGUCAAGGGCGCGCCGGAUUUCGUGCUGCAACAAUGCAAUGCGUACCAGACAAGCGACGGCAAGUCUGCGAGCAUGACCGACGCCGUGCGCAAGAAAAUCAACGACACACUUUCUGACAUUGCAAAGAACGGCCUGCGCGUGCUGGCCAUGGCGACUGCUGCGCAGAAAGUGACCGACUUGACACAUGCAAAAUACACCUUCUGCGGGUUCGAAGCAAUGCGCGAUCCACCGCGCGAAGGCGUGGAAGAUGCGAUCAAAGUGCUCCACAGCGGCCGCAUAAAGGUAUGUAUGGUAACCGGCGACGCGGAAGUCACAGCCGUCGCAAUCGCCAAGGAGCUGGGCAUUCUAGAGACGGACGAUAGCAAAGCGGUGCUCACCGGCGCGAAGCUCGAAUCGAUGACCGAUCGCCAGCUGCAGGAGCGCGUGCGCUCUGUCUCUGUAUUUGCACGCACCGCCCCGGAACACAAGCUGCGGAUCGUCGCGGCUUGGCAGGCCAACGACGCUGUGGUCGGCAUGACGGGCGACGGUGUCAACGAUGCACCGGCACUCAAGCUUGCCGAUGUGGGUAUUGCGAUGGGCCAAGGGGGCACGGACGUUACUAAAGAGGCCGCCGAUAUGAUUCUUGUGGACGAUAACUUUGCCACGAUUUUAUCGGCGGUGCGCGAAGGAAAGAGCAUCUUUUACAAUAUCCAAAACUUUGUCUCGUUCCAGCUGAGCACCUCGGCGGCGGCGCUCUUUCUGAUUGCAUUCAGCACCUUGAUUGGCUUGCGCUUUCCAUUGAACGCGAUGCAGAUCCUGUUUAUCAAUAUCCUUAUGGACGGGCCACCGAGCCAAAGUCUCGGCGUGGAUCCCCCUACAGAAAAGGUGAUGACGAAGCCACCGCGGCCCAUAGAUGCGCCUGUGCUCACCCGCGAACUUGCAAUCCGCUCAUGUUUCUCCGCGGCGGUCAUCAUUGGGUUUACCUUCUUUGUAUUUAUUUACGAGCGCUCGAUUGGAGGUAUGGAUGCGCGCACAUCGACCAUGACAUUUACCUGCUUCGUCCUGCUUGAUCUUGUGUCUGUGUUCCAGAAUCGCGGGCUCUUUAUGGGCUUGUUUGCAAACCACAUGUUGCUCUGGACCGUGAGCGGCAGCUUCAGUGCACUGUUGCUCAUUGUCUACUUCCCCCCGCUGCAAGCAAUUUUCCUCACCGAAGCACUUGCUCUUCGCGACCUUUCUUUCCUCUUCGUCCUUGCAGGCUGUGCAUUUGCGCUGCAAGAGGUGCGGCGGGAAUAUGGGCGGCACCUCGCUUCGCGGACGGAUCAACAUAGCGGCUACAAUAGUUUGGUCUGA